AGGAAGGGAUGGGGGUAGCUGGGCUGGCCGAAGCAGUUCAGGAAAGCAACUCUCAUAGGGCCCCCGGAACAGAAUAAGCUGAACGAGGAGGUCGGAAGCAACCAGACCUAGCCUGUUCGUCAGGCCGCUCUAGCCAAAGGAACCAUAAAGACCAGACUAGAGCUCCUUUCCGUCCUCUCUCUGGUUCCACCCGCGGCUUCCGGUUCCGGGGAGGGGCCGAGUUUUCUUCGAAGAUUGGGGCUCCGCGCUACAGAUAGGAUGGCUGUGGUGUCGCUGCUGUUGUUCGGGGGUUUGUGGAGUGCUGUGGGAUCGUCCAGUCUGGCUGUCGUUACAUGCGGUUCUGUGGUGAAGCUGCUCAAUACGCGCCACAACGUGCGACUGCACUCACACGACGUGCGCUACGGGUCAGGUAGUGGGCAGCAGUCAGUGACAGGUGUAACCUCUGUGGAUGACAGCAAUAGUUACUGGAGGAUACGGGGGAAGACGGCCACAGUGUGUGAGAGGGGAACCCCCAUCAGAUGUGGUCAGCCCAUCCGGCUGACACAUGUCAACACUGGCCGAAACCUCCAUAGUCACCACUUCACCUCACCUCUUUCUGGAAACCAGGAAGUGAGUGCUUUUGGUGAGGAAGGUGAAGGCGACUAUCUGGAUGACUGGACAGUGCUCUGUAAUGGGCCCUACUGGGUGAGGGAUGGUGAGGUGCGGUUCAAGCAUUCUUCCACUGAGGUUCUGCUGUCUGUCACAGGAGAACAAUAUGGUCGACCCAUCAGUGGGCAAAAAGAGGUGCAUGGCAUGGCCCAGCCAAGCCAGAACAAUUACUGGAAAGCCAUGGAAGGCAUCUUCAUGAAGCCCAGUGAGUUGUUGAAGGCAGAAGGCCAUCACACAGAGCUAUGAGUCUGGAGGCUGUGAGCCACUGUCACCACACAGUGUUCGUAGACAUCUGCUGCUCCUUCACCCUUUGGAUCCCUGCCACAGGUGACCAUGUCACCACUGAGAUGAAGAUACAUGAUAGGAAACAGUGGAUGUGUUUGGAAGCCUCAGCCCUUCACACUUGAAUUGGUUGUUCUCCCAGACUUGGGUCAGUUAUUUCUGAGUACAAGACUUGUUGGUGAAGGAGCAGAUGCUUUUUAUUCAUAUUAAUAAAACAAAAACGGAGGGAGGCAUCCCUCCUAGCUGGGAAAUUUUUAUUCCUCAGAAUCUUGGCAUCAUGGAUUAUUAAUGUGCGUGACUUUUCUCCCACUUUCUCCAGAAUGAUAAAAAAAAUUUCACUGUUAGUCACUGUAUUGUCAUUUAUUAGGCAUGCUAUGUCAUAAUCUGAUUAAUCCUUGAGUCCUAAGAGUCAUUGCUAGCACUCUUUUGAGAUGAUGGGAACCUUUGGUGUGGGCCCUUUUGAAAGCCUUACUUGCAUCCCACUUUUUCUAUCUUUACUUUUACUUCUCCCUCAGCACCUCAUCUUUAUUAGUUUUUUGACUAAUUAUGGCUAUAGACCCUUAAUAAAUAGCCAAUAAAAUGUUUUACUUUGGA